UGCGGCGCAUGCCAGUGACUUUGUGCUGGAAGUUGCUGUCAGAAGUUAGCGUGUUUGCGCCUGUUAGUGGUGUAACUACAAACUAGAUCAUGGCAGGAAAGAGGGCAUUGGUAAUCGUGUCUAAAGGUGCAGAGGAGAUGGAAACUGUUAUUCCUGUGGACGUGAUGCGGAGAGCUGGGAUUGCAGUGACGCUUGCAGGACUGACGGGCAAAGAGCCAGUCCAGUGUAGCAGAAACGUCGUGCUCUGUCCUGAUGCCAGCCUGGAGGAAGCCAGCAAACAGGGCCCGUAUGAUGUUGUUCUUCUGCCAGGAGGAAUGCCAGGAGCCCAGAAUCUGGCAGAGUCUCCUGCUGUGAAGGAUGUGCUGAAAGAUCAAGAUGGCAGGAAAGGCCUAAUUGCAGCCAUCUGUGCAGGUCCCACUGCUCUUUUGGCACAUGGCAUCGGCUACGGCAGCACAGUCACCACACACCCUGCUAUGAAGGAGAAGAUGAUGGCUGGAGACCACUAUAAAUAUUCAGAGGCUCGAGUACAGAAGGAUGGACAUUACAUCACCAGCCGUGGGCCAGGAACCAGUUUCGAGUUUGCCCUGACGAUUGUUGAGGAACUUAUGGGAGCUGAGGUUGCAGCUCAAGUCAAGGCUCCUCUUGUAAUGAAAGACUGACUGUAGCCAUGUUCCCUUACAUCCUGCAAGCAGCACUGCCCACUGUAUUAGUCUAGCACUACUGAGACAACUAAUUCAAUGUAGCUGGCACAAGGUGUCAAAGCCACUAGUGACAAAGCAUCCUCCCCAGAGGACAUAAGGCCUUUUCUGUUUUGACAGGUUAUUAUCUUCCUGCAUUGGAAAGGAAAGGCACCCAUGUUUUUCCUUUCACACCCAACAACAACAUAGAUAAUCACUGCACAGACUUUCCAAAUGAGUUGUAAUAAAUUCUUUCAUUGUAGUUCCCCCCCCCCCCCCCCCACAAAUUGCUUGUU